CUGAUCAUCCGGCUAAUUGGUUGAUCAAGUAAUGAAAGUUAUUGAAAGGGUGAUUGAUAAGUUACUUAGAGAAAGAAUUGAUAUAGAUAAGAUGCAAUUUGGUUUUGUUCCAGGGCGUUGCACUACAGAUGCAAUAUUUUUACUCAGACAGCUUCAGGAAAAGUAUUUAGGAAAGAGAAAGAAUCUCUAUUUUGCCUUUGUAGAUUUAGAGAAAGCUUUUGAUAGAGUGCCACGUAAAGUUAUUUGGUGGGCUAUGAGAAAAUUAGGUGUGGAUGAGUGGCUAGUUACGAUGGUUCAGUCUAUGUACAGCAAUGCUAGAAGUCGUGUCAGGAUUAACGAUUCACUUAGUGAUGAAUUUAGUGUAAAUGUUGGUGUACAUCAGGGUUCUGUACUUAGUCCUUUGUUGUUUAUUCUAGUCUUAGAAGCGCUGUCGAUGGAGUUCAGAACAGGUUGUCCAUGGGAGUUAUUGUAUGCAGAUGAUUUGGUUCUCAUAGCAGAGUCGAUGGAAGAAUUAGUUGAAAAGUUUGAGAAGUGGAAGAAAGGACUAGAAGAGAAAGGGCUGAAGGUAAACACAGCAAAGUCUAAAGUCAUGAUAAGUAGCAUUACAGCUAAGUGUGACCUUGUAGUUGGAAAGUGGCCUUGUGGAGUUUGCAGGAAAGGGGUUGGUAGUAACUCAAUUUUUUGUCAGAUUUGCAAGCAUUGGGUACAUAAGAAGUGCAGUAGUAUUAGUGGAAGGUUAAGAGCUGGCAUACAGUUUGUAUGCAAGCAUUGCAAAGGUGAGAUUAUAGAGAAUGAAGUAUUUCCAGCUUUAAUGAUGUACAACAGUGGCUCGUUAGAGAUAGUUAAGAACUUCUGUUACUUAGGUGAUAUGUUGGGCAGUGAAGGGGGUGUUGGAAGAAGUGUUACUUGCAGGAUAGGUUCUGCUUGGAAAAAGUUUAGAGAGUUACUUCCUUUAUUGCCUAGCAGAGUCCUGUCAAUUGAGGUAAAAGGUAGGUUGUAUGAGGCCUGUGUAAGAAGUGUUAUGUUGUACGGUAGUGAGACAUGGGCAGUGAAGCAGGAAGAUCUUGAUCGUUUAGAAAGGAAUGAUAUGAGAAUGGUUAGCCUGCUUCUUAGCUCAUCUGAACUCUUUCUGUCUCUCAGACUGGCGUUACACAUCCACCUAAACAUUCUCAUAUCAUUCCUUUCUAAACGGUUAAGAUCUUCCUGCUUCACUGCCCAUGUCUCACUACAACAUAACACUUCUUACACAGGCCUCAUACAACCUACCUUUUAACUCAAUUGACAAGACUCUCUUAGUCAACAAAGGAAGUAACUCUCUGAACUUUUUCCAAGCAGAACCUAUCCUGGAAGUAACACUUCUUCCAACACCCCCUUCACUGCCCAACAUAUGACUUAAGUAACAGAAGUUCUCAACUAUCUCUAACGAGCCACUGUUGUACAUCAUUGAAGCUGGAAAUACUUCAUUCUCUAUAAUCUCACCUUUGCAACGCUUGCAUACAAACUGAAUGUCAGCUCUUAAUACUACUGCACUUCUUAUGUACCCAAUGUGCUUACAAAUCUGACAAAAAAUUGAGUUACUACCAACCCCUUUUCUGCAAACUCCACAAGACCACUUUCCAACUACAAGGUCACACUUGCCUGCAAUGCUACUAAUCAUGACUUUAGACUUUGCUGUGUUCACCCUUAGCCCUUUCUCUUCUAGUCCUUUCUUCCACUUCUCAAACUGUGAUAUCCGGUUAAAAGUUGCAGUUAUAGCAAAGACGAAGAGCAAAAAUUAAUUCUUUCGACACAAAUUCAUUUUAACUAAAAUUUUAAAUUAUGCCUCAAAGAUUGAAAAAGUGAAGAUAACCAACGCUAAAUAAUAAAUAACUGCAGAACGCACGACAAAAUCUUACUUGUCUUAAAGCAUGCAACUGCUUGAUGAUUUGUUGUUGACGUCGUGACGGUGUUUCGGGUGAAGAAAAACGCUGAAAAAAUACUAUACUUUCAAAAAGACAAAUUUUCUCAACGCACAGUUAAUGCAUAAAUAUAACAUACCUCUAUAUCAAAGGGAUCAUCGUUUCUUCUGACAGAUUCUUUUGACCAGUCUUCAAUGCCGUCGUGUUGUAGCACUUCCGUUUUAGUCCGAUGAAACGGGACAAGGUAAUCAUCGACCAGAUUGUUCAAAGUUUCCUCUGCAUUCUUCUCCUCUUUUUUCCUGCUUAACUUUCUUGUUUUAUCUUUUGUUUCAGCUUGAGAGUGUUCCACGUAGUUAUUUUCUGUUAACUCGGAUGACCGUUUCUUAAUUUUCUUUUUAACUUUUCGAGAUUCUUGCGGCUGAUCAUUUUCAGCAUUUUUUGUUUUUUUGGGUUUUGGAAUUUUCGAUGCUUUCGUUAUUGUCUUUUUUUCAGUUUCGUAUUCGUGGCUA